CCCAUGUGAACACGUAACGCAACAAUCACUGUAAUUAUAUACUGGUAAACUCGCCAAAAUUUAUCGCUGAGCGAAAUUUUCAAUAUUUUGUCGGAACACGAGCUGAUCUUGUCCUCAUUGUUUUUCGUUUGAAAAAAAAAAAGAAACUUCAGCUAUGAAACCACUCAAUCAGGAAAAUUCCUCGCAUUCGACCCUGUCGGAUGCGCCCAUCCACGAGCAUCUCGAAUUUCCGAGACACGUGAGAUUUUCGGAUUUGGUGAGGGUUCAACAACACACCAACGAAGAGACUUCGUCCAUGUUGGUUGACAGGUGCGAGUUUUGCGAUGAACCGGUUUCACCAGGAAGACGCAUCACUAGCCUCAACAGCGAUACCCCAACGCUUUGCAAUUCUUGUCACGAGAAUGUCGCCAAUUUGAUUCGCAGGAAGUUGAAAAACUCUAGCUUUGAACUGAAUAGUUGCAAAGAUUGCAGGACAAGUUUUGGCAACGCAGUCGAAGAGCUAGAAACGUUGGCUUAUGGAGAUACACGUGGAGCAUGGGACAAAAGAAAAAACCCAGCAUCAAAUAAUGAGGAACACGUUUGUCAAACAGAGCAUUUGGUUCAAAAUCUACUGAACUCCUCUGCAGUUUCCCAGGGAUGUGAAACACCCGAAGACACGACAUUGAGUUCACGAUUCAUGAGCACCACAAGUUUUGGGAAUUCCGAUCAGCAGCAGCAGUCACAAGCAUCCAAGCCCUGCGAUGUGUGCAAAUUAUUGCGCACCUAUGGAAUGGCGAUGCGAGCAAUUGACAAUCCUAAUCAGAUGACAAGAACACCAUGCAGGUCUCACACGAUGAUUCCUUUCGGUUUUGAUGAAGGUGGUACCUCGUGUCUUGAGAAUUGGAUGAACCAAUUAAGGCUUGAUGAAGCAGGAAUAAAUGCCCAUACUGGACGAGAGGAAGAGUCGAGAUUGAUUUGCGGAAUGUGCAACGGAGUGCCGAAAAGCGGUGGGCAAUUAUUUGCAGAAGGCAACCAUUACCGACCACAUCAGCUCCAUCCUCAUCUGAUGUCUGGACAACAGAGAGUCGAUUUGGCAUCAACGUUGAUGGAGAAUGCAAUUAAUACUUCACAGGUUCAUCCCGAAGACAAAGAGUGGCUCCGAAUAAGGAACCAUCAGCAGCAGCGACCUGAUGGUAGUGUUGGUUGGCCGAUCUCUGACAGCAGCAUCAUGGAGCCUUCCGUUUGCAAAUCUUGCCGAAUCGAGAGUGGCUACGAUAAUUGCGACCCGGUGUCACGUUCUUCUGGCGAGUGUUUGUGUCCUCACUGUCGAUAUUAUGAAGCAUCGCCGACGUCGACGAGCCUGGGAAAUAAUCCUUUAACGACGUGUAAUAUUAGAGACAAUCUUUCCAUCUGCGCGGGUUGCAGCCAGCUUCUGGAAUCUAAUACGAAUGACGUGAUCCCCAUGGAAGAUCCUCUGGCAACAUGCGUCGGAUGCACAGACGUCAAUCAGCAAACUGUGAACUCAAAAGUAUCACAUGCAGGCCACAGUAAUGAGGAAAUUCCUGAAAUCCCUCUCCCUGAUGAUCAGGGGCUCCUUGACCCUCUGAUGGACAAGCUGGAACAUCAAGACAAUCUCAUCACUGUACCCGAACCUGAGGUCAGCAAAAAAAGUUUGCAACAAAUGGGAAGUGUUGUCCCACCUAUAAGCCAACAAGAAGAGGCCAAAAUAUUUGAGCACUUGGACAAAAUGGAGAGCAGCAUUUUGAAUGUUGAUGAGAACCAGCAGAAAUCUAAGCCUGCUGUGAACAAAAGUGAAAGUGCAAACAAAGUCACUGGAACACUGUCUUGCAUGUGUCACAAUGCCCAUGAAAUGGAAAUUGCUCAGCAUAACCACUAUCACAGUCACGACCACACAGCUUUGGCUGAACCCAUGCCUGAUCUCGAGGAACCUGCUGAAAUUCCUAUCAGCAAGCAAGAAGAGCAGAAACCUCAGCCACGUGUGUCCACAGCUUCCCCAGAGACCCUACUGGUGCCAAAAAUUUCUGAAAUUCCUCCAGACAAUGGAAAGUCUUACAUUGUCCAGUCAAUGGGAGAGAAACAAGACAGGUUUUGGGUCGUCGGUUACCCUCUCUUUGUCGUCCACAGGUUUAGGGUUGACGUCGUCCGAAGCGUCUUCUUUGACGACGGAAGUUUAUACCAACAGCCAACACUGGAACCCAAUAAUAAGUCAAAGAGCGCAGUUGUGACCCAAGUCUCCAAGAUGGAGGCUACCAGUCAAAAAGGCCCAUCAACCACAGGAACCCCAAUGCUUGCAGGGUCCGCUUCUAAAAAUAUCCCACCGCAAGUGAGCUUCUCCAAAGAUGACCCCAAGCUAUCAGGAAUGAGCCAGGCUAAAUCUGGAGCUGCGAUCGAAAUCCCCAGUAAACAACUCAGCUUUGGAAAACUAGAUAAGGCAGCGGAAAACCUAACACGACCCCGUGUUCUUGGGGACUAG